AUGCAGCAGCAAGUAACUACAUUCGCAGAGGCCAUAGCAAAGCUUACUGGAAUCACGGAAAAAGAAGUCAUGGAAACAUUUAAUAUCGAAACUCUUCAAUUGACAGAAGAUAUUAAACAUAUUUGCAAUAUAUGGCUAUCUCAGAAAGAUGAAAAGGCUAAAAUAGAGGAUUCAAUUCCAACAUUUGAGAAAUUAAGCCCAAUUCAGAGCUCUCCUGGCAAAGAAGUAAGAAAAUUUACAAUUGAAGAUUUAGCGUUAGCUUUUAUAGAGAUUUGCUGCACAAACGAAGGCAAGAAUCGAAUAAUUGAAAUUGUUCGAAGCAUGAAAAUCAUUAAUUUGAUACUCAAAAAACAAAUUAAAAUUAACUUUGAAAUUUCAGGAGCACGAACUCAAUUUUGCUUUGAUAAGACCUUCAAAAAUCCUCCUACAAUCAAGUUUAGUGAAAAAUUGCUUGAAUUCAGAAGUUUCCCCAUUUUUGUAGAAAAUGGUGUAUCUACUGCCGUAUUCAUACCUGCUUUCUCUUUCGGUCAUGAAGAUGGACACAUAAUACAUUUCUUAGAGGCAGGUCUUGAUAGUUUUAUCGAAAAAUUGUUGGCGUCAUGCAGAUUUUUUAGGAUGGUAGGACCAUGGAUCAUGCUGACUGAAAGAGCAUUAGCUAGUAAGGCAAAUGUCAUCGAUUACUUUGAAAAGGCUUAUCAAGAUUUGCACUAUAUUAGAGAGGUUAGGAAAUAUCUGAUUGAAAACGACCUCGAUGAUGAUGCUAGAAAAAAGCUCGAAAAAGAAUUAAAAGAUGUUGCUGAGAAUUACUUUCCUAAACAAGAGAAAGAUAUGAUUUCAUCUGUAAUUACCAUCAGCGACGGUUUAAAAUUAUUCCGAGAAAUUUUUGAUGAAGGAAAUUACACUGAAUUGAUCAACAUGUUGGAUGAAUUGAGCAUGAUAUUAUCAUCUGACACAUUAAUUGCGAGUGAUGAAUUCCUCAUCAAUUAUUCUAUUCAAAGUUUCAAUAUAUCAGUUUUCAAAAGAGACAAAUCCUUUUCUGAUGUAGCUCUUUAUCGCGAAUUGCUCGAGUUUCAUCCAAGCAUUAAAAAAGAGUUUCCUUUCGAAGUUAAAGAUGAUACAGUUUUCAUUCGCGCUAGUCACCUUUCAGAUGAAGCAUUGAAGUUUAAUUGGAAACAUUUGGAAAAAAAUCAGUCAGUUUUUGCAAACCUGAUGUUAGCUCUCCUUUCAAGAUGUGGCUCUGAUAUUCACCUUCCAAUUAUGAAUGGUAAAAUCCCACUAAUUAAAUUCGAAUGUGAAUACAAAGAUGAAGUUCAAAAAAUCAAUUUACAAAAGACUGAAUUGAGCAAUAUGACCAGAAGUGAAUGCGUUGCAUUCAUUACUAAUCAACUGUUUGGAGGUGAUAGCAAUAAAGCUAACUUUUUUAAUUCUGGAGCAGCCACAGAAUUUUUCCAAAUUAUAUACCCGGAUAUGAACGAUUUUUAUCUCUUAUUCAUUGAUUCUAGAAUUGACGACAUCAAGGCGCACUUUGAAUCCAAAGAAAAGUCCGAAUUAAUUCCUCCAGAGGAAUUCGAAAAAAUAAUAACUUCUCCUUCCAAUAUUGAAACACUCCUGAAUCAAUCAGGAACUCCUAAUUCUAACCUGGUUGCUCAAGGAUCAUCAAUGAAUUCUAAAGAUUACUCAUUGUCAUCAUCUUGUGAAGAAGAACAAAAAGAACCAGAAGAUAUUAAUGAUUUCCUCAAAACUUUUGGCAAAGAUAAAUCUAAAGAUUAUCUUGUAAAAAAGCCAAAAAUAACUGCUCUUGAUGAAGUCAAAUUAAGAAUUGAUGCAAUUAAAAAUCACGAACUCUCUGAAAAAAUUGAUAUAGAGUUGUGCUAUAAAGGUUUCAUUGUUUCUUUCCAAUGCGAUAGAAAUACAUCAAAAGAGAAAAUUGUUGGAGAAGCUAAGAGACGUUUUAUAUCAUUACAAAACAUUCAAGAUGACUACAUAAUCUUUUCUAUUCCUGGGUUAUCAACUUCAAUUAAUAACGCUGAUUUAAUUGAUUUCUUAAAAACAAAGAGUUAUUUAAAGCUCAAUGUCCACAUUAGAAAGCCGAGCUAUAUAAAUUAA